AUGGAUGGUUCCAACCACGUUGAGAGGGUGGUUGGGGAGCCUAUUCCUAUUGAAUUCCCACAGUCUUUAUAUGACACUGAACUUUGUGUUGCAGUUCCUCUUCCUUUCUUUCUCACCCAGAAUUUAUGGUUCCUUGUUGAUGAGGCAUCAACCCUUCCUACUGUCAAGUCUAACCCUGCACCCAGUGAGACCAAGGGCACUUAUAUUCUAAAUAUAGAGAAACUCUCCAACCAUUUUGGAAAGGAAUUAACCCUUACUUGUAGCCAGUGGUCUGAGGCUGCUGCUAAUAUGUGGAGCUUUCAGAUCUUGAGGGACAAGUCAGGCAGUGAAGGCGAACAUGCCACUUGGUUUGAAAAGCAUUUCAAUUUUUUUAACAUGUUGAACAAGAGAGAUGAAUUAUAUGACACGUGGAAGGUCAUGGAACUCGAGUCCUGCCAGGACCACCACAGCUGCCACCUCAAGUUCAGUGCUACAGACUAUGACAAGGCAUUGGGUCUUACUGAGGAGAGCCAUAACUUGACUCAUAAGCUGCGCAAAGAAUUACAGGACUUUGUCAAUUCUUCCCAGAUGGCAACUGGGCGGCCUCAGGGUCCGCCUUACCAGGCUAAUGGUUCCUUUUCUCAAAGGGUCCCACCAUAA